AUGACAUUUGAAGUCUUAGUAAUACCCUACUCAUGGAUUCAUUCAUCAAGACCCAACAGCAAAUUCAUUGGUCUCAGACAGCUUAUCAACAGAUCAUAUGAUAAACCAAGAUAUAAAUUUGGCAUAAUCCAAACCCCACGAAUCAAAACCGUUGACUCACUCUUAAAUGAUCUUUCAAUAGGCAUAGAUGAUGAGAUCUGCAUAUAUCUCUUAUUAGGUUCACAAACCAUAUUUGACAAGUUGGAAACGUAUCAUGGAUAUAUCCGAGAUUUUUCCAAAGAAGCAACCAAUGUUGAAGAAAGUUUCCAAUGUGACAUUCCGGCUGAUUUCUAUCACUUUUUCAAUCUUGAUAGAUUGGAUUCUGAAGUGAAUGUUCAGGUUGUAGAUGAUGAUUUUGAACUUGAUCAUAAUGUGCUUAGAAGAGUUAUUGCUAGUGUUGGAAUGAGAUCAUUUCAUGGAGAAUCGGAUCCAAAGUCUAAGGACUUCGAACUUACUAGUUUUACAUCGUUUAUGAGAAAUACCGCCCCUCGAUUUCUAGAAUAUGUGAUUAACGAAUGUUUGCUUGAUCCGGAAAGAUUUGGUUUACUUUCGCGAAAGGGGAAUUUGCAUGAUUUUGAGAGCAUAACGUUACACGCUGAUGUUAUCGAGGAACAUAAUCUAGUUCCGUAUUAUGUUCAAAACUGCGGGUUUGAAAAAUCCAAUAAACAGAGUAUAAAACUAACGAUUGAUGAGAACAAAAGAGCUGCCAGUGGAGUUUUAGAGGAUGGGAUAUUAGCAAGUAGAGAUUUCCAUAUAGGAUUCAUUCAUAGAACGAUAAACAUAAAACAAAAUCGUACGGUAUAA